GAUGAAGCUAUGAGUGAGGUAGCAUCUAUGAUUGGGGUCCCAAUAACCACAGACAAAAUUACUCAAGAGAGGGCAAACAAUGAAUAUGCUAGAGUGCUUAUUGAAGUGGAUGUUUCAAAGCCACCACCACUUUCGUUUCCGAUACGACUACCUUCCAAAAAGGUAAUCAAACAAAGUGUGCUUUAUGAAACUUUUCCUAAUUAUUGCUUUCAUUGCAAAGAAUUUGGGCACCACCCUUUUAUUUGUAAAAAGCUAGUCAAAAGGGUUGAUGGAGCAAGUGAAAAAGAACCGAGAGUUGAAACAAAUAAAGAUAUUGAGAGUGUGGCCACUCAGACAGAUGUUGCUGCCCAAGGAAACCAGACCGGGCAUACCUCUAGCCCGACCGGGCCUCUUGUAAAAACUGCACCAGCUGUGGAACGUGCUGCCUACACGCCUGAGCAUACCAAACUGACCGGGUCUGUCGGGCAACGUGCAAAGGAGACAUAUGCUAAUGUUGAAAAAGAUGCUGCCAAGGUUAAAACUGCUGCCAAGAAGGUUGAAAACACACCUGCAAAUGUUGAAACAGCUGCUGCCAAAGGUAAAAAUGCUGAAAACACACCUGCUAAUGUUGAAACAGCUGCUGCCAAGAGUCAACCUGCUGCCCAUGAGAUUAAGACUGUUUCCACAGGGCAGAUUGAUGCCCAGCAGCCUGCUAAACUUUCUGCCAUGGUAGUGAACAAAGAUGUAACGACACCAGCUACCAAGGGAGCUAAUCCAACUGCCCAGGGACCUUCACAAUCUGCCCAAGGACACCCGAACAGGUUACAAGGGCAGACUGCCCAGGGGAUUGAAGUGGCUGCUGCGCAAGGAAGAAUCACAAUUGGGCAACUUAUGGGUGUGCAAACUAACCAUGAGUCUUCCGAGGAUGAAGACGACGAGGUCUUUUUGGAAGAAAAUGAAAGACUAGUAACGAGUGAGACCGACAUGCACCUAAACGAUGUUGUAAUCAAAUGUGAGGUGGUGAAUGGGAAGAGGUUUAGGCUUUUUGUUAAACCGUUUAAAUUUGUGCAUGCUAAUGUGAUUAGAGUGGAUACCUUUCUUCGACUUACGGAUGAUUUGGACACAAAAGGCCUAACUUUCACCGCCAAAUGUCUUGAGAGAUUACCGGGGGUUACUAAGAAGAAAGGGGAGAUUUGCUUUAACUCAAAGUUUACUACUCCUUUCCGACUUUUCUUUGGAGGUUAAUAUUUGGAUAUCUAUUAUUUUUUCUGAGCUGGUUUUUGUAGGUUUAUUUCGUUCAGUUUGGAUUCAAGAUGUUUGAUUUGAGAGAAUGUGGGCCUUGAUUUUGUGGUAUCCCGUGAUCAGGGAUAUGCACCUUGCUUGUAAUCGUGAUGCAUUGUACUAUGCUAUUUUUUCUGGAUAUAUAUACUUACAUUUUAUCCAAAAAAUAAAAAUUGAAACCAGCGCCC